UUUGUUUUGUUUGGGAGGACCAGCGAUCAGCUCCACAUGACAGUAGCUCUGCUCCGGUGAUCUGCUCCCCGCCUGCCCUCCAUAAACCUCCGGGAUGAAGCCGCUUCGCCCCUGUUGAGCCCGGGGACCGGGGACUGCUCCGUUCCUCCGUCAUUUGACCGACCGGAGACACCUGUUGCUCCGGUUCCUGCGGGCGGACAGGAGAAUCGGGAGAUGAAGGUGACAGUAACGUUCGGGGACACCUCCGUGGUCGUCCCCUGUAAGUCCGGCUGGACGGUGCGGGAUUUAACGGAACAAGCCACGCGGAGGUACCGCCGGACCCUGGAGCAGAGCGGGGGCAGCGAGGUGAAGACGCACCACCUGGAGUACAGCGAAGGAGGCAUCCUGGACAUGGACGACCUGCUGGUUGACCUGGUGGAGGACCGAGACAAGCUGGUGGCGGUGUUCCAGGAAGCGCCGUACGGCCGGACGGACAGUCCCAGGGAGAGCCUGUCCAACGGGUUCUCCAGCGACGCCCCGAGUCCAGAGCCGCUGCACUACUACUCCCACCUGCAGUACCAGGAGCCCAGCGGGGGGGAGAUCGAGGUCAACGAGGCCAGCCUCAAAGCCAACACGCCGCUGUUGGUGAGAAGCAGCAGCGACUCCGCUCUGGCUCCGCCCUUCGAGAUGACCUCCGCCCGGCCAGCCGAGCACCGCAGAAACGCCUCUCCUGAUCCGGAAAGCAGCGAUGAACUGAGAGCAGCUUUUGACCGGCUGUCGGACGAGCAGAACUCUGAGAACAUGAGCCACGUCCACCUCAGAAACAUGACGAGGUCGGUUGAAAUCCUGGCCGACCGGGGGCCGCUGGGCAUCCACGUAGUCCCCUACUGCUCCUCUCUGAGUGGACGAACCCUGGGCCUCCAUAUUAAAGGCAUCGAGGCCAACAGCCGCUCCAAGAGGGACAGUCUCUUCCAGGAGGACGAGUGCAUCGUCCAGAUCAACGACGUGCCGCUGCAGGACAAGACCUUUGCACAGUCGCAGGAGGUGUUUCGCCAGGCGAUGGGCUCCCCCUCGGUGCGUCUGGAGGUCCUUCCAGCCGCCAACAAGUCUCGCUACGAGAAGAGCCUGAUCGGCCAGCUUUUCACCAGCGACAUCAAAGACCCCGCCUCCAGAACCAAGAGUCCCCUGGUGGCCCGCGCCAAGGCGGACUCGCAGCCAGAGCCCAGACCCGGCUCCAGAUCAGAUUUGGCCCGGCCGGACUCGCGAGCCCGGACCCCCGAUCCGGCCCUGCGGGAGGCCCCUCCGGCAGACCUCCGGUCUCGACCCGGCUCCAUAGAGAGGGCUUCUCCGACGGAUCCUGCAGGGGGCGCUCGCUCCUCCCCCGCCCUCACCAGCGGCAGCCAGGACCAGCCCGAGGGCAACAACCCCGUCUUGGCCGCCCUGGCAAACCUGGCCAACAAGAAGGGGGGCAAGAAGAUCAGGAUAGACCUGAAGAAAGGCGUCGAGGGUCUGGGCUUCACCGUGGUUACCAGGGACUCCCCCGCCAACGGGCCGAGCCCCAUCCUGGUGAAGAACAUCCUGCAGCGCGGCGCCGCCAUCAAAGAUGGCCGCCUGCAGCCCGGGGACCGCAUCCUGGAGGUGAACGGCGUGGACAUGACGGGCCGCAGCCAGGAGGAGCUGGUGGCCAUGCUGCGCAGCACCAAGCAGGGCGAGAGCGUGUCGGUGGUGGUCGCCCGGCAGGACGACAUCUUCCUGCCGCGGGAGCUGAAAGGGGAGGAGGCCGGCAGCCUGGUGCUGGAGGACGGCCGCGAGCAGCUGAUGUACGAGAUCCCGCUGAACGAGACGGGCUCGGCCGGCCUGGGGGUCAGCCUGAAGGGGAACAAGUCCAGAGAGACCGGAGAGGACCUGGGAAUAUUCAUCAAGUCCAUCAUCCACGGAGGGGCCGCCUACAAGGAUGGCCGUCUGAACGUCAACGACCAGCUGAUCGCGGUGAACGGCGAGUCCCUGCUGGGCCGCUCCAACCACACGGCCAUGGAGACGCUGCGGCGCUCCAUGUCGUCGGAGGGGAACGCCAGAGGAACCAUCCAGCUGGUGGUGCUGCGAGCGUCCAGACAGGACCAGCAGACGGGCGGCGGCGCCGUCGCGGCCGCCCGCCACCCCGACGUCCGGCCGGCCUCCACCGAUCAGGACGCCUACCACAGACCGUCCAGGCCCCCCAGCUCGGAGCCCGUCCUGAACGGCGCCAGCAGCUCCAGAGGUGCCCUGCAUCCCGCCGCCGCCACCAACGGCGGCUCCGGUCACUACAGCAACGACGAGGACGAUGUGGAGCAGAGCCACUUCCCCCCGCCGCCCUCCCCCGGCACCGUGGAGCAAAUAAACCGAGAGCUGCCGUCUCCGGGUCCCCCGCAGCGCAGCGGGUACCAGACGCUCCCCCACCCGGCCCCGGACUUCUACACCAGCGGCCGCUUGGUGAGCGACGGAGACGACGUCCCGCGGAACAGGGCGUCCAAAAGCAUGGACAUGGUGGCGGAUGAGAGCAACGUGGGCUCGCUGAUCCGACCCAGGAGAGAGCCGGCGGCCGCCGGAGGCGCCCUGGGGCCGACCCUGGGCCUGUGGAAGUCCAGCUCCCUGGAGAGCCUGCAGUCGGCCAUGUCGGAGGCCAAGCAGAGCCGGGUCCAGGUCCAGGUCCCGUUCCACCGGCCGCGGCCGCACGUGGUGCGCGGGCGCGGCUGCAACCAGAGCUUCCGCAUCGCCAUCGACAAGUCGUACGAGGGGCCCUCGGAGGACGACGACGACCUGUCGGAGAACAGCUCCGGCCGGGACACGCCGGCCAGCAGCUCGUCCCGCCAGGACCUGGACGCCGAGGACGAGAAGAAGAAGAGCAAAGGCAAGAAGAAGGCCAAGAAGAGCAAAGGGAAGAAGAAGCAGGCGGACUCCGCGGAGGACCCCGAGAAGAAGAGCAAGAAGAAGGGAUUCGGUCUGCUGCGGUUUGGCAGGAAGAAAGAAGACAAGAGCAAAGACGGCGCCAAAACGUCCAAGAGCAAACUGGAGGCUCUGAGCGAGGAGGAGCUGGAGCGGCUCCCGGGCCGCCUGGACGGUUACGACCCGCGCUACGCGCACGCGCAGUCCGGGCACGCCACGCCCGACAUGGAGGACGACGACAGCGACCCCAACUACGCCCGCAUCAACAACUUCCGCGCGCCGCCGUCGCCCCAGUCGUACCUCGCCCGCACGCCGUCCCCGGCCAACCCGCCCCCGCCGUCCCCCGACGAGCUGGACGGGCUCUACGCCAAGGUCAACAAGCCCCGCCCGCCGCCCCAGACGCAGGCCGACAGUGACCAGCGGGUCCAGGCGCCGCGGCGGGAGCAGCAGCAGCAGCAGCAGGCCCGGGCGGCGCCGGGCUACGACGAGCUGGACGCGGCGCGCCGCCGCUUCCUGGAGCACGACCCCCACCGGGCGGCGCCGAGGGGAGCCGAGCCUCGAGCCGAGCGUCGCUACGACGACGCGGAGCGGACACGCCACACGCAGCCCAGGAGGGAUCCGUACGAUUACCCCACCCACUCCAGGGCCGGCCCUCGGGACCCCAGCCCCUACUCGGGCCGCUACCACGACCCCCCGGUCCCGGGUCACUCCAGCCCGCGCUACCACCCCCAGCAGCCCCCGCAGCAGCACCGCGCCACGUCCAGGCAGGACGUCCCCCCCUCGCCCGGCGCCGGCCAGGGGGGGCGCCACUUCUACGAGGCGGCGGGGGGCCGGGUGGACGCCUACCGGCGACAGGCCAGCCCGGGGCGGUACGGCGAGGAACGAGCGGCGAGGCGGAAGGAGCCGGUGGUCGGAGCGGUCUGAGGACAGCCGAGCUGCCGACCAAUCAGGUUCUUCCACGUUAAUUUAUGUGAUUAUGAACACGGCGAGCGAAGAGAGACGAGCUCAUCCCGACUUAAAAUACGUGUGUGAGUGAUUCCUGUAUAUGUUGGUACAGCUUGUAAAUACCUGCAGGAGGGAUCGAGUCUUCACUGUAAAGCUGAUUAAAAGCUGAAUAGAUAAAAAUGAGCAGAAGAGCCACAGAGUCGACCCGGCGCCGGGGAUUGGAUAGAUUGACUGGAUUUUUUUUUUGUUGCACAAUCUGAUCAAAAUGAAGGAAAUAAAGAGGGACGGAUCGCCCUGAGCCGGCAGGUUGUUUUAACACAGGACGGACGUGGAAGAUGGACAAACAGGACACAGGAAGCUCCCCCCCCCCCCCCCCCCCCCCCCCAUCAAAGUGUCUUCUCCACCUUCAUGUUUUGUCGCUGGGACUUCCUCCACGUCCUGCUGGGUUUUUGUUCGGUUUGUUUUUUUUUUUUGUGUAUUUUUGUCUUUGAUGGUUCGGAUACACUCACUGUGCGUGUGUGCGUGUGUGUGUGUGUGUGUAGGUACAUCGCAAAUCACUUUGUUAAUGAUGUUUUUCGUGGUGUUUUGGAAUAAAAUGUGUAAUCCUUGAUCUGCGCGCCGGAGAGAAGACAACUCCGCAGCUAAUUAGGCGUUUACCUUGAUCCCUGAAACAUAUCGCCGCUCAGAGUCACUGCACUGAAAACUAAACGUGUCAACGGCGGUUUGCUUAAACAAGCUGUCAAAGAAAAGUGCAUGAAUUUUUAUACACUUGUGUUUAUUUUUUUGCAAUAAAACAGAAUGUCGCCCCCGUG